AGGUCUCACCAAGACAUGGCCUAGGAGAGGAGGGACACCUCUGCGCCUCCCCCUUCAAAUGGCACAACGUGAACAGUACCCAGUGGUCAGGAUGUAUGUCAGGAGCCAGUUGUCGGCAUUUCUUAUCACUCUCUGUUGCUGUAAUGGCUCCCAGUUGUUCAUAGCUGUUCACUUGAGCAAGGCUAGCCACUUUGCUGCCUGCUGCCCUGGCAGUCUCCCCCAGUGCGGUGCUAGAGGAGCUGGCAAACACAGGUGUGCAGGUUGUCCUCCCACUUCUUCCUCGCUGGGCCCUAGUCAUGGCAGUGGUGGCCUUUCUGCAGUAGUUUCUGCUGGCCUGGGAACAAGUUUUCUGAGGCCCUGUACAGCUCAUUGUGCGCUGUUUCCUGCAGCUUUCACUUGCUUGUGAGUGCUGUGUGUUCUAGCACACCAGUUUCAGAGCAGGUCUCCUAGCAGCCAUGGUGUGAGCAUGCUCUCAGCUGGCCUGAGACACUUGAGAGUAUCAAGGGUGACAAGGAGAUCUGUAAUUCAGAAUGCCCUGGACUGUGAGUGGGUGUCCAAAUGGCUUGCCGGCAGGGUAGCCCUCACUCGGGUGCACAGUGUGGAGAGACUGACGCACCUGAAGGUCCAGUACAGCAAAGUGUGGAAGAAUAACAGCUGCUCUGGGGCACAGGAAACCUGCCCCUUUCAUGCUGAACAAGACCGUAUUUUCUGCACUUGCUUGCCGGUGAAACCUGACACACUGUUGGGCAGCGCCAGGCAGGGUGGGUGACAGCGCUGGCAAGGGCAAGUCCAGGAUAUGGCUCAGGCUCAGGCCAUGCCUGUGAACGUGCCAGGCUCUCCAGGACUCUUCAGCGAAUCGAAGGCUGCAGAGACAGCGGCAGAAGGUUCAGGAAGAGGGGCCUGCCCUUUGUACGAGGGACCACUGCUGCAUCACUGAGCAGGAGAGGGAUCGGACGUCUGAGAACGUUAGGGAACUGAACGCCUCACCAGUCCUUGGGGGAAAUGGAGAACAAAAGGAUCUGUCCCUGGAGCUGCAGGGGGAUGUGCAAAGGGGACUCUGCUCAUAUGUGCAGCUUCCAGGCAGAAGGAGCCAGGUGGGGAGAAGAGGACUCUGACGUAAUACGUCCCUCGUGGCAGAGAAAGGAGGAGGCAGGAGCAAGCAUUCCAGAGGGAAUGAACGCCUGAGAAAGCACAUUCAAAGACACAGGCAAUUGGCGCCAUUAUCCCAUUAAGAGGCCCCUGCAUCAGCUCUGUACAUACCACCACCUCGUAUAGUGCUGCAGUACAGGAUGGUGGCAACUGAGUUUGGUCUGUGCCAUACUGGUCUGUUCCUUCCUGUGCAUUCCCAUGGCAUUCUGUCUCUGCCAAUGAGCUGGACAGAGCGACUCAGGCUCCCCGGGCCAUGCAUUCGUACCUCUAUCAUCCACAGAAGUACCUGGGGGAGAUACCUAUCCAUGGGAGUGCUGCAAGCCCCAAGGAGCUCAAUGAGGAUGGGUCUGAGAAUGACCAUGGAGUGCCUUCAUCCAAAAGGAUGCAGGGGGAGCGAGGAGGAGGAGCAGCCCUCAAGGAGAACGUUUGUCAGAUCUGUGAGAAGCCAGGGGAGUUGUUGCUGUGUGAAGCGCAGUGCUGUGGUGCUUUCCACCUGCGGUGCCUUGGACUCUCAGAAAUGCCAAAGGGCAAGUUUAUCUGCAAUGAGUGUUCGACAGGCGUCCACACCUGUUUUGUGUGCAAGAGCAGUGGGGAGGACGUGAAGCGGUGCUUGCUCCCCUUGUGUGGGAAGUACUACCAUGAAGAGUGUGUGCAGAAGUACCCACCCACAGUCAUGCAGAACAAGGGCUUUCGAUGCUCACUGCACAUCUGUAUGACUUGUCAUGCCGCUAACCCAGCAAACCUUUCUGCGUCUAAAGGUCGCUUGAUGCGCUGUGUUCGGUGUCCGGUGGCAUACCACGCCAAUGAUUUCUGUCUGGCUGCGGGGACUGUGAUCCUUGCCUCCAACAGCAUCAUCUGCCCCAAUCACUUCUCUCCACGGAGGGGCUGCAGAAACCAUGAGCACGUCAAUGUCAGCUGGUGCUUUGUCUGCUCAGAAGGGGGCAGCCUUCUGUGCUGUGAGUCUUGCCCAGCUGCUUUUCACCGCGAGUGUCUGAACAUCGAGAUGCCGGAGGGAAGCUGGUACUGUAACGACUGCAAAGCCGGCAAGAAACCCCAUUACAAGGAGGUGGUCUGGGUAAAAGUCGGGCGCUACAGGUGGUGGCCAGCUGAGGUUUGCCAUCCUAGAACUAUUCCUGUAAAUAUCCAAAAGAUGAAACAUGACAUUGGCGAGUUUCCUGUGCUGUUUUUUGGGUCCAAUGAUUACCUCUGGACGCACCAGGCUCGGGUGUUUCCCUAUAUGGAAGGCGACGUGAGCAGCAAGGACAAGAUGGGCAAGGGAGUGGAUGGCAUUUAUAAGAAAGCUCUGCAGGAAGCGGCUGUGAGGUUUGAAGAACUGAAGGCACAGAAAGAACUGAGGCAGCUGCAGGAAGACAGGAAGAACGAUAAGAAGCCUCCUCCCUACAAACAUAUCAAGGUAAACAGACCAGUGGGCAAGGUGCAGAUCUUCACAGCAGACCUGUCUGAGAUACCACGGUGCAACUGCAAACACACAGAUGAAAACCCCUGUGGUCUGGACUCAGAGUGCAUCAAUCGCAUGCUACUGUAUGAGUGCCAUCCCCUGGUCUGUCCGGCUGGGGAGCGCUGUCAGAACCAGUGCUUCUCCAAGAGGCAAUACCCAGAGGUAGAAAUCUUCCGCACGCUGGCACGAGGCUGGGGCUUGCAAGCCAAAAGGGACAUUAAAAAGGGUGAGUUUGUUAAUGAAUACGUGGGAGAGCUGAUUGAUGAGGAGGAGUGUCGGGCACGUAUCCGCUACGCACAGGAGCAUGACAUUACCAACUUCUAUAUGCUGACUUUGGACAAGGAUCGAAUCAUCGAUGCCGGACCAAAGGGCAAUUACGCUCGAUUUAUGAACCAUUGCUGCCAGCCCAACUGUGAGACUCAGAAAUGGUCCGUGAAUGGCGAUACGCGGGUUGGGCUCUUUGCUCUUGUCAAUAUCAAAGCUGGGACUGAGCUGACUUUCAACUACAACCUGGAAUGUCUGGGGAAUGGAAAGACAGUUUGCAAAUGUGGCGCUCCAAAUUGCAGCGGGUUCCUAGGAGUACGGCCAAAGAAUCCCCCUAACCUUACAGAGGAGAAGUCCAAGAAGUUCAAAAGACGGCAGCAGAUGAAGCGCAGGUCACAGGCAGAGAUCAUGAAAGAGCGAGAGGAUGAGUGCUUCAGCUGUGGAGACGGAGGGCAGCUAGUUUCGUGUAAGAAGACAGGGUGCCCAAAAGUGUACCACGCAGACUGCCUCAAUCUGACCAAACGGCCAGCAGGGAAGUGGGAGUGCCCUUGGCAUCAGUGUGAUGUGUGUGGCAAAGAAGCAGCUUCCUUCUGUGAGAUGUGUCCCAGCUCCUUCUGCAAGCAGCACCGGGAGGGCAUGCUCUUUAUCUCCAAAUUGGAUGGACGCUUAUCAUGCACAGAGCAUGAUCCCUGUGGACCCAACCCUCUAGAGCCAGGGGAAAUUCGUGAGUAUGUGCCUCCCACAGUCCCACCGGCUAACCGUCAAAACACUCAGCCCUCCAACCACCAGCCUGCAGUCCUGGGCCUCAGGCGUCCCCCUUCUGACAGGCUGCCUCUGGCUGUGGCCCUGCGGCUGCAGCCGUCGGACAAGCCCUGCUCCGCUGUGGCCCUGCAGCUGCAGCCGUCGGACAAAGCCUGCUCCGCUGUGGCCCUGCGGCUGCAGCCGUCGGACAAGCCCUGCUCCACCGUGGCCCUGCGGCUGCAGCCGUCGGACAAGCCCUGCUCUGCCCUGGCCCUGCGGCUGCAGCCAUCGAACAAGCCCUGCUCUACCCUGGCUCUGCGGCUGCAGCCAUCGGACAAGCCCUGCUCCGCCGUGGCUCUGAGGCUGCAGCCAUCGGAUAAGCCCUGCUCCGCUGUGGCCUUGAGGCUGCAGCCAUCAGACAAGACCUGCUCUACCGUGGCCCUGAGGCUGCACCCAUCAGACAAGCCUGCUGCUGCCAUGGCCCUGAGGCUACAGUCAGAUAAACAACCCACCGUUGUAUCCCUGAGGCUUCAGCAGUCGGACAAGCCUCUUGCCACCACCACAGGCCAGCAGCCUCUGCCCUCAGAUGAGUCUCCUUCCGCUGCUGGACCUCCGUCGCCUCCUCCCACAGAUGAGUCUCCAACCAAGGGCCUGGAUCCUCUUCCCUCGGACGAGUCUCCCACUGCUUCCCAGGCUCAGUGGCCUCAGCUGUUGGAUGAGUCUCCCGCCCUCGCUAGGGUCCCACGGCCUCAGCUGUUGGGCAAGUCUCCCACCAAGGGCCCGCAGCCCCUGCUGUCAGAUGAGGCUCCCACCGCCGGGGCCCUGCAGCAUCAGGCGUUGGACAGGCCUCCCGCAGCUCCAAGGCUGCUGAUGUCUGAGAAAGCACUGAGGCCCGGGGAUCAGAAUGCUCAGCCAAAAGAGAGGGGAGCCACAGCGGUGGAGCGAACUUGUUUACCUGAGGAGCAGACCCCUCAGCUUGCAGGAAAGGCAGUGACACACGUGGUGCAGGCACCUUGGCCCAUGGAGAAAUUGCAAACAUAUGAGCCACCCCACUGGCCCACUGUGGAAGCACUGAUGCCUGCAGAGCAGUCCCCUCACACCAUAGAGAAAUUACAGACACCUGAGCCGCCAACUCAGGCUGAUGGGGAGGUGGCAUCAGCACCCACAGAGCAGAGCCCUUGGACCACAGAGAGGUUACAUACAUUUGAACAGACCCCCCUGCCUGCCAGGGAAGCACCAGUGCCCCCAGAGCAGGCUUCAUGGCUUGCCAGGAACAUUCAGACAUUUGAGCAGAUCCCUUGGCUCUCUGGAAAAGCACAGACACCACUGGGGCAGGCCCCUUUGCCUGAGCAAAACAUAGUGCUAGUCCGUAACCAGGAUUCUCCCAGUCAGGAAUUGGCUGAAUCGAAACCGAAGUGAAGUCAGUGAAUGAGGCAGGCAGGUUGCAGUCAGUUUGUUUGGGGAGAGGGAUUUUCUUUGUUUUGUUUGUUGUUCACAUCUCUGAGCCCAGCCUCGAGCCCAGGCGCUCUCAUGACAUAAGCAAGGACGUUUACCUAAACCUGAAUGUGGCCCAGCCACAGAAAGUGAGCAUCAGCAACCUUUUCUUCUUCCUUUUAGAAACGGUAACGUUGAAAUAAAGAGUCCACUCCGGAUAAAAUCUCUAAUUCCAUUGAAAUGGUCACAUUACUGAUCUAGCGCGUCUGCAUGCGAGGUCUGCAUCCACAAUGGGUUUCCAAAACAGCUAAAUGGCCCUGAGGAAGCAAUUUCCUUUUUUGUUAACUGUUCUUAAUGGAAGCAGAACAACUAGUCUGAACUGGGAUCUCAGAUGUUUCAAAUGAUUAAAUGGUGCACAGAGUAAUGGGACACGUCUUUGCUAGACUCUGAAGAGGGGAAGGGAUUUAGCACUUGUGCUGCCCAAUUCUCCUUCCCCACAGGGUUUUCCUUUGCAAGUGUUUGCCUGAGUGUGCACAUUGGUAUUUGUCACCAGUGCAAGGCUCACCAAAACACAGGUGCUGUUGUAAAAUGGCGGAGUCCUGUGGACUUAGUGGAGGAGCCUGCUCCUGCCAGACUGUACAGUUCAUUCCAGUGUGAGCAAGAGAACUGCUCCUGCGCAGGCCCUGUGAUUGGGGGUGGGGGGAGAAGGUCUCUGAAGAUACCUUCUGCCAGGAUUCUCACUCUUGGAUCUUAGCUCUGUAACGUGGGACAGGCGGAAUUUCCACUGCACAUACAAAGCUGUGAGCUCUGGAGGCAGCUGUAGCAGGGUGGAGCGUGAGUAAGGCCCCUACUGGAUGCCGAGCACUGCCUUUGACAGGGUAGAGAUGCUGCCCUCUGAACGCUCCAGGCAGUUCCUUCUCCACCUUGGUUGUUACCAUGAACUAGCAAACUAAAUAGUCUCUUCCUCCCCCAUCUCAACCACAUGCUUAGGAGUCCUGUUUGCAGAGUGGCUGGUAGCCUAGCAGAGUGAAUUCUGUGGAAUUCACUCCAUAGUGCAGAGUCAAGAAGCUACCAUGUCAACACCCUUCCCCUUGGUUAGCCUCUGUAUUUCCAACCAAAAAUCCCCACAGGAGACUUGAAUUACCUGGACUAUGUUGAAGUGUCUGUGUGUCAGAAAACCAGCCCCUCAAGGUAGUAGUUCUCACACUGGAACACAAUGGCUCUAGCACCUGGCUGGCCUCUCUCUCUCUCUCUCUCCCUUUUCCACUAAUGGUAGCUAUGCCUGGUGACUUGCCAGGCUGGUAUUCCGAGUAGACCUGAUGGAGGCAAUGACCUUACCUGCCUGCUGAGGCAGAAAUACCCUCUGCUGCGGCAUUGAUAUGGUAGAAUGACGGGCAGGGACUUAGGCAGUGACGCUUGUGACCUGCGAAAGAGUAGCCGGGCAGUCUGCGUUCGUGCUGCCUACAGUCAGUGCAGUGUGCUAUGCCAUCGGGAAGCACUGUCUGAUCAGCACUGUCUCCCAACUCAUUAGCUACAUGGCAAACCUGAGCUCCACUGACCUGGGCAGCAGGAGUCCAGCUUCAGCCUGUGUCCCCCAUUGUUUCAGAGCGAGCGGUAGGUCUCUCCUCAGAGGGGGGAGCCUUAGUUCUAUACUAGCCUCUUUCCUCUGACUCAGGAACAGGUCAGGGCUGGCGUUCAGCUCACGUGUUCUCACUGCUCCAAGAGAGAGCAAUAAUUAGCUUUGCAGGUUUCUGUGAUAGGGAGAGAGAUCUCUGUAACAAGGCAAAUCCUGCUCCAUUCUCCUUUCCAAACUCAGCUCCCCAAGAAAGUGUCCCCUCUGGGCAGUGCUGUCUUGUCUCUCUUCUCCAGUCUGAAUCGCGUCAGACCCCUCAGCGUAGCUCGUGACUUGGAAAAGCUUUAUGGCUUAUGGAAUCAUAGUGUGUGUUGUUGUUUUUCCGUGAAGACCUGCAGGUCGGUCCCUGAUCUCUGCUGAGCUGGGGGAGAUGCAAGCAGUUACUAUUUUGUGUGACUCCUGCACAAGGGGAAUCAGGAUGUCUCCUCAGAGCCACUGAGAGAGGAUAAACUAAGGGCAUUUUAUUAACUUUUUAAAAUAAAAACAAAAUUACAAAAAAAAAACAAAAAACGGUAAUGAGGUUCCGUAUGUUAAGUAUUUAUCAUGUGUGAGAAGGAAAAUAAUUCUCUAAUUGACAUUGAUAGCCCUUCCCAUGAGCUGGACUUUGCCAUGUAGACUGUGUGAGUAGAGUGUCCUCUGUGCCAGCUGCCCAGCCAGAGGAGCUAGAACAAGAAAAGACAUCUGCACUGCUUUGUCCAACUCUGUUUUGCAAUGUCAUGUGUUACCUAGUUAUUUGUUUCAUGAAAAAUAAACUGUGAAUAUUU